GAUGGGUGGGCCACUGGGAAGGGGUAUUUAUUGCCUCAUCCUCCCCUGCUUUAGGGAGAGGAAAUAGAGUUUUGGUGAAGGCUAGUGGACAGGAGCCAUGAAAGGGACGUUUUGCCUAGUGGUAGAUGAUUGUCUGAGGGAGCCCUACGCUGCAUCUGCAUGGGAAUAGAGGCUGGUCAGAAGUGGUAGAGAAUAGAGUGGUUGUUUACAAACGCCCCCGUUUGGGCCUAAGAGAAGGGGUCAGCAUACAGAUUCCGGGCGGAGCUACCGUGACAGGCUCCUCGGUUCUUUGGCCCUUAUUGGCUCUCUUCUGCAUCAGCUCUACACCGGAUCUACUUCCACUUCCUUGUCACAUGACGUCUUUCCCUCCCCUCCCCCACGCUAUUUUUAUGACGCUUCACGUAUCACUAAAUCCUGUGUUGACGUAGUUAGCAUCCCUCCCUUAUUCUACCUUUUGGGACCUUAGUGCUCCGCCUUUUCCAAGGUUAUGCGCUGUUUGCACUCCUAGGUGCCUUUAUGGUUUCCGACCUCCAGCUCCCUUUCCCACCUUGGCACUAUUUUGAUGUCAGCAAAAUCCCCUGCGUAGCAGCACGCUUCGUGAAUCCGCUCGUCGUAACUGUCUCCAUUUCCUUUCGGGAUCCCUAGUGGUUAAAAAGUCUGCAUCUGCUCACAUCCCCCCAUGGCGUCUGAAAUCUGAAAUAUAGUGUGAGUCGCCUUCACCGUGCGCAUCGGGACAGCGAAUCCGUUGCCGUAAUUUCGUAAAUCCGUUCCGAAGCGGUUACUCCAGUGGCGUAAGAGGGAGGCGAGGUGGGCGGUUCUUGCGCCCGCCGCGUAGAAGGCCCCGCCCCCCCUGCGCCGUUGGCGUAUUCAGGGUGACUGGGAGGCUCCCAGUGGGGCUGGGGGAAGCGGGGCGGAGUUGGUGAAUAGGGAAGUGGCGCAGGUCGCAGAGAUCGCUCCGCCGAGUGAGUUCACCCGCCCGGCCGUCCGUCUCCGUCGCCGCCGUCCCCCGCCCCGGCCCCGUCCGCCCCUCCCCUCCCCCGCUCCCCUCAGCCCAUCCCGGCCCAGUCCCUAGGAGGAUGAAGUUCGUUUACAAGGAGGAGCACCCGUUCGAGAAGCGCCGCUCUGAAGGCGAGAAGAUCCGCAAGAAGUAUCCCGACCGGGUCCCGGUGAUUGUGGAGAAGGCUCCUAAGGCCCGGAUAGGUGACCUGGACAAGAAGAAAUACCUGGUGCCUUCUGAUCUCACAGUUGGUCAGUUCUACUUCUUGAUCCGGAAGCGAAUUCACCUCCGAGCUGAGGAUGCCCUAUUUUUCUUUGUCAACAAUGUCAUUCCACCCACCAGCGCCACCAUGGGUCAGCUUUACCAGGAACAUCAUGAAGAAGACUUCUUUCUGUACAUUGCCUACAGCGACGAAAGUGUCUAUGGUCUGUGAAGCUGCCUGCUGCCCCUGGGUGGGGGGGCCCUUCUCUAAGAAGAACUUCCCAAGGGACGUCGGUUCCUACAAUUCCUCCUCUCUCCUCCACUUCCAUCAUCUUCCCUCCCACGGGAUCGGGGUGGAGGGGUGGGAAUGGGCAGGGGGUGGAGAAGAUCAAUAAAGAAA